CGACCAAUUAGAAGAAGACAACGCAGAUCUGAAAGACACGUUUGACGGAAACGCUAGAGAAAGAAUUUUAUAUUGAAAUAUUUCGAGACGAAGAGACGGGAAAAUGUUUCGCGUAUUAGCUUUUAUAUCUUUAUUGUCUUUAGUCAUUUCUAGCGAUGUAUUAGAUUUUUCAGGUCCAGAUUUUGAUCAAAGAGUGGCCGAACAUGACACAGUCUUAGUAGAAUUCUUUGCUCCUUGGUGUGGACACUGCAAAAGACUUGCUCCAAAAUACGAAGAGGCAGCAACAAUUUUAAAGAAAAAUGAUCCAGCUGUUCCUUUGGCAAAGGUGGAUUGUACUUCUGAUGCUGGUAAAGAAACUUGUUCAAAGUAUGGUGUCAGUGGUUAUCCUACACUCAAGAUUUUCCGAAAUGGAGAAUUUUCUUCUGAAUAUAGUGGUGGCCGAGAAACAGAUACCAUUGUAAAGUACAUGAAAUCUCAGGUUGGACCAAGUUCUGUAGAGAUUAAGACACUUUCUGAUGCUAAGAAGUUAUUAAGUAGGAUUGAAGUAGUAAUAAUUGGAUUCUUCAAGGAUGAUAAAAGCCAAUUGAGAGAAGAAUUUUUGAAAGUUGCAGAUAAAUUGAGAGAGACAACUUCAUUUGGACAUACUUCUAACGAAGAAGUUUUGGAUUCAUAUGGAUAUAAAGAUCAGAUAGUGCUCUUCCGUCCCCAGCACCUUCAAAGUAAAUUUGAAGAGAAAGAAUUAAAAUAUGAAGGUAGUGCUGAUAAAUCAAAAAUAGAAGAUUUUAUUAAAGACAAUUAUCAUGGUUUAGUUGGUCAUCGAACUAAUGAUAAUUUCCAAGAUUUCAAGAAUCCUCUUGUAGUAGCUUACUAUGAUGUUGAUUAUGUGAAAAAUACUAAGGGUACAAAUUAUUGGCGUAAUCGUAUUAUGAAAGUUGCUCAGAAUUACAAAGACAAGCUAAAUUUUGCUGUAUCCAAUGUAAAUCAAUUUUCUGCUGAAGUUGAAGAAUUUGGAUUGUCUGUCAAAGGUGAUAAACCUGUAAUUGCAGUACGAAAUGAAAAACAACAAAAAUUCAGAAUGACAGAUGAAUUCAGCAUGGAUACAUUUGAAAAAUUCCUUAAAGACUUCUUGGAUGGAAAAUUGGAAGCACAUGUUAAAUCUGAACCAGUUCCAGAAAGUAAUGAUGGACCAGUUAAGGUUGCUGUUGCAUCAAACUUUGAUAGUCUUGUAAUGAAUAAUGAUAAAGAUAUCUUGCUAGAAUUUUAUGCUCCUUGGUGUGGACAUUGUAAAAAACUUGCUCCAACUUAUGAAGAGUUAGGAACAGAGAUGAAAAAUGAAGAUGUUGAAAUAAUUAAGAUGGAUGCAACAGCAAAUGAUGUUCCACCACCUUACGAAGUUCAUGGAUUCCCAACUCUGUACUGGGUUCCAAAGAAUAGCAAAAAUUCCCCAAGGAAAUAUGAUGGUGGUCGUGAAUUGGAUGACUUUAUAAAAUAUAUAUCUAAACAUGCUACAAAUGAACUAAAAGGAUGGGACAGGAAGGGUAAUAAGAAAUCAGGAAAGACUGAGCUCUAAGAGCUGUAGCUGUUUAAAUUUCACACAGCUGUUAGUGAUAAAUUCAUUUGUGAUGUCCCAAUUUCAUUUUUCUUUCUUCCUUUUGGGAUUUCAUCCACUGACUGUAUCAUUCCUGCAGUUUAUUUUUUCAUUAAUUGCAAUUGGGGGGUUGGAUUAAAUGUAAAAUUGUUUAGUGAAAGUUUGUGAAUUUUGAGGGGUAAAUGUUAAAUAAAUGUCAAAUUUGUUUAUACAUAA